AUGGAUACGAACUGGACCUACCACAUGGGACUCCGGUCGCCAAACUUAACCAACACAACCGUCAGCUUGCAAGAAAACUUUGAAAUCGACCUGGAAGACACCAACUGGAUCUUAACAUCUUCCUUCAUUAUAUUCACUAUGCAAACUGGUUUUGGGAUGCUGGAGUCAGGGUGCGUGUCGAUAAAGAACGAAGCUAACAUUAUGAUGAAAAAUCUCGCUGAUAUAUCUCUUGGUGGUCUGACUUACUGGAUAUUUGGCUACGGUAUGUCAUUUGGAGACGGCCCAUUAUCUAAUCCGUUCAUAGGAGUGGGUAACUUCCUCGUCGACCCGCCGGUGGGAGACACGCUGAUGGGCCCCGUGUUAGCAUCAUUCCUGUUCCAGCUGUCUUUUGCUACCACUGCCACUACCAUCGUCAGUGGCGCUAUGGCGGAAAGAUGCAAUUUCAAAGCCUACUGCAUGUUCUCGUUUCUCAACACAAUAGUGUACUGUGUGCCGGCGGGCUGGGUGUGGGGGAAACACGGCUUUCUAAAUAAAAUGGGAGCUGUUGAUAUAGCUGGUUCUGGACCAGUACAUCUGGUAGGAGGAGCUUCAGCAUUUGCAUCAGCUCUUAUGUUGGGGCCACGCCUGGGACGGUAUGCACGAGGAACAGCCCCGUUACCUUUGGGAAACCCAGUGAAUGCUGUGAUGGGGACUUUCGUUUUAUGGUGGGGAUGGCUGGCUUUUAACUCUGGGAGUACCUAUGGAGUGAGUGGAGCAAAAUGGCAGUAUGCAGCUCGGGCUGCUGUUAUGACUAUGAUGGGAUCUUUUGGCGGAGGAUGUUUUGGAUUGCUCUUUACACUGAUCAAGAACAAAGGUCGUGCUGAAGUGAUGGAUCUGAUCAACUGUAUUCUUGGGUCGCUUGUAUCUAUUACUGCUGGAUGUUUCCUUUAUCGUGCAUGGGAGUCUUUAGUAAUUGGUAUGAUAGGAGCAGGCAUUGCAUCUAUAGCUGCGCCUUUGUUUGAUAAGAUGAAGGUCGACGACCCAGUGGGGGCCUCCGCCGUCCAUGGAGCUUGUGGGUUAUGGGGUGUUAUAGCAGUUGGUCUUUUCGCGGACAAUCCUAUACCUAUGGACACUACAAAUGGCAGAUCAGGACUGUUUAAAGGUGGUGGUUGGUACCUCCUUGGGGUACAAACACUGACAGGGCUAUGCCUCAUGGUAUGGGGGGUAGUUGUCACUAUGGGUCUCCUUUGGCUCAUCGAUCUAGUGCUGCCUAUCAGAAUGGACCCAUAUGAAGAGCUUUUAGGGGCUGAUCUGACAGAACACAAGAUUAGACAUGGACAGGUGGGAAUAUCACGUGCAGUAUCGGCACUACGACCGUAUCACAGAUCAAGUAGCAUUGAAGAAGUUGGCAACGUUGGAGUAAACACUGGACAUAGUCUUGUCGUUGAUAAAUUACAUGAGAUGCAAAAAAAGAAAAAGAAAAACAAAUUGUCGAACCUGCAAAUAUUCAACAAUAGAAGCUUCGAUGUAUCUGAUCCUGACAAUUUCAAAAAUAAUGGUUUCCUCAAUAAACGUCCCGGAAAUCCGGAAAACGGCCUUCAUCUUGCUCUAGACUCUAUGGCUAAUGAAAUAAACGGUAGACAAUCGCAAAAUAACUCGGAAAAUCCUGCCUUCGUUCGAGUUAUACCGGAUUCGGUAAAAGGGAAAAAGUUUAAAGAACUCUCGGUAAGUGAGUUGCAAGAAUUGGAAGAAAUUAACGCGAGUCAAGAUCGAUUUAGGUAUCGAUUUACUGAAAACGAUUAUAAAAAUGAUAUCGAGAGAAGUGGUACUGCGAAUGCGAAUAUGCGAUGGAUAGAU